UCUCCCGACGUUGUGCGGAACCUUUCUUUUCGUUCCGGCUUCACUGGAGCAAUCAUGGCGGCCGAGGGAGACGUCGAUCUGGAUCUGGAAGCCGAUGAAAACUGCACUGGAAAACCGGCAGAGAAACCUCGGAAACAUGACAGCGGAGCCGCAGACUUGGAGAGAGUCACGGACUAUGCGGAGGAGAAAGAAAUUUCCAGUUCUGAUUUAGAAACGGCAAUGUCAGUGAUUGGAGACAGAAGAUCACGAGAACAGAAAGCCAAACAAGAAAGAGAAAAGGAGCUGGCCAAAGUCACCAUCAAGAAAGAGGAUGUAGAGCUAAUUAUGUCAGAGAUGGAGAUUUCUCGGGCGGUGGCGGAGCGCAGUCUGAGGGAACACAUGGGGAACGUGGUGGAGGCUUUGGUGGCUCUGACCAACUGAACAAAGACAAAAAGCAUCUGCACACUGGACUGCUUUGUUUAGUUUCUGCCCAGGGUUCAUUGAGACUGAACCAAACUCAGUGGUCAAACCUUCAUCACUGAAUCUGCUUCAUUUUUUUUUUUAAAUAAAAGUUGAACUGAC